CAUGGUCAGGUUGUAAACUGCGCACCGGCUGCCACGUGCUCAGGCCCAGCUUCUAGGGGCCCGUUCGGGAGACGAUGCGCACACGUGUUCACACAGUGAGGACGGGAAAGAUGUUCAGUAUUGCACAGAAAACUCAAUGGGAAACCCUGUAUUUUUCAUCUGUACCAGCACGCUUGAUUAAACAUCCUUGCAAGGAAAACAUAGCCCUGUAUCUAGGACAACAACUUUUUUUGACGAGAAAUAACUUUCAGAGCAGUCUCUUUCCAUUUUCCAUCCCUACGUCAUUGCAGGUUGGCAUUCCAGAAGUAUCAUCAGCACAUUUUGCUGGUUCAGUAUUGGUGUUAGUAGUGAAUCAGAAAGUCUAUAUUUAUGAUUAUGAAGCUGGUUCCUGGAAUGCAUCUACAGGCAUAAAAUACCCCGUUUCACAUAUUUCUGGUGACAAUUGUUGUUAUAGUGAACAUCCCUUUUGCUUGGAAAUAAGUAAUUUCGUUUUUGCUUAUUUGUAUGGAGAUGAGAUAUCUCAGACCAGUAUAUAUUUCUCAAAUACCCAGGGAUACAAAUUUCAGAAGUAUGUUCAUGAAAGACAGGCAGAACUAGUCGGGUCUUUGGGUGGGAUCUUCUACUUUCACUCGGUGUCACAGGUUGGGCUGCUUCUCUUUAAUCAUGGGAAGGCCAAGUUCUGGUACUCGGACCACCCCCUGAACCGCAGUUUUGGGGUGCCCUUUGACUACAAUGGGACCCUCGACGUCCUGAUCACCCCAGGCCAGAAAGGCAUUCUGAUCUUAUGGUUCGAGAAGAGCCUGUUAAUUUCCCGAAAUGCAGGUCAGCUUGUCUACCCUGUCCGGGUGCAAGUAGGAUACAGCACCGUGUAUUCCUCCAUUUCCGAAGCCAACAUCAGCAUCCACAGCGUGGCUGCCAAUGAAAACGAACUGGCAGUUUUAACUCAGGAGAAUAAUUUGUAUUAUGGCAACCUGGGAAUCCUGAAAAACCUCCUAAUCAAUUUGGUAAGACAAGACGUCUGGUCCCAAGAGGCAGUCCUGAUGUUCACUGGCCUGGGGAUGCUUGAAGUACUGACCCCAGUUCUUGACUUGACUUUUCUAAGUUUUGAUUUCCAGAAGUACUCCGUGAAUAUCCAGGCAGUUCUCAUGAAUGCCAAACUCCAGGUUCACAUCUGCAAAGUAGAACUUCUGCAAGGAGAAUUUGAAAACAAAAUGUAUGUCAUUGAUAUGAACAGCAAAUUGGAGUUGACCGCCUUGAUGAUACCCAGGCCCGGCAUGUCACCGGUUCCACUAACGACGGUGAGCAAUCCCCACUCUUUGGGGUUUCAGGCCAUCAUCUACGAAGACGGCAACACCUACAAUGGGAAUGCCAAGUACAGGCUGAACAUUUCCCUGAGGCAGCAGCAACACUUGGGCAGGGCUGACCCCAACUUCACCUCCAGCAUAAAGAGACCCACGAUGUCCACCAUCACUCUGGACAUAGCCAACAAGGAAAUUUCAUGUGUGGACCUCAAGCCACUGACGGCACUCGUUUCAGUUGGUUGUGACCUGAAGAAAAAGAUUGUCGUUCAGAAAGAAAUAUCAGCCUGUUCCAAAGGCAUCCUUGACGCUGUGGCCCUUGAGGAUAAUUACACCUACAUCAUCGAGAAGGAAGCCUACGACCCCAACUUCCAGGGGCAGAGGGCCACCGAGGACCUGGUGGUGCACUACCCUUAUGAGAAGCUGGGCUGUCCCCUCCUCGUCUACUACGACGACCCAUGGAAGCCUGUGGUGGAACUGUGGUGGGAAGGAAAUUUCCAGGAGGUUAUCGAGGUAGAGGCAGAGUACGUCUUGCUGGAGAUAAACGGGCUGUUCACAUACACAUACUCCCUGACUGCGGGCACCGCGGGCUGCAAGUCCCAGCCGCAGAACUGGACCACUGUCAUGGAGACUGUUGGCAAAAAGGAGCCCUUCGUCUGGCACCGAAAGAACUACGUGAGCUGCCACGAUGCCAACAGUGACACUCCCUUGAAAUGGCCAAAGGCCCCGUAUCAGAUCUUGGGAGGCCCAACUGAAAACAAGGUCAUUUUCGACCAAAGGAAUGGAAUCUAUAUCUUUUACAUUUCUAUCGUGGAUCCAUACUACAGCUACUGUCGCCUGUACACCACCUUCAGCGUCUACGUGCACGGGGCCUUCCCACUGAUCACCCCCUGGGAGGAGGUCAUCACCUUCCUGCUCAUGGUGUUCAUCCUGUUGUCCUUAUGGCUGGCCUACAUGAUCCCCAAACUGCUACACACAGAACUGGGCCACAGGGUCAGAGGAUUCUGGGUCAGUCUGUGCAAAAGGUGUAGAAAAUCUUGUGCAUGUUUCCGACACAAGUAAUGAGCAUGCACUGGAGAGGCUGA